AAAAAACAAAGAGAGGAAGAAAUUUUGGCUGAUUUGGCCCACGGGUGGGCAGUCGAUGCGGGACUCUCAAGAUCCGACGAAAAGAAGCAAGGUCAAAAUGCCAAUGGCGAGGAUUCGGAUUUGGAUCGUCAGACGGAGCUAGACGCUAUGAUCCGAUUCAUGAAGGGCAUGGAUGCUCAGUCGAGCGGCCGAGAGAUGACGUUGGGCGAUAUCGAGGUGGAACAGCAGAUGAAGGAAGAAGAGGAAUGGAUGACUGCUAGUGAGAGCGAGGAGGAGGUGGAGGAUGGCUUGCCUGAGGAUGAAAACAUGGCGGAAGUGAUGCGAUUGGAAGAAAAGAUGAUCAUCGAUGAUGAUGAUGAUGAUGAGGAGGAGGAGGAGGAGGAAGAUAGCGAUUUUGAUACCAGCGAGAGCGAAGGCGCUGGACCUUCUCGUCCGACCCAACCGCGGGGUGGGAGGGCACGGCGCCGCGACGAGAGCGACAGCGAAGAUGACAGCGAUGAGGAUCAAGGUGGCGGAGAGUUUGGGAAGAGAUUCAGCUGGGCAGACGAGGAUGAAGAGUUCAUCCAGCAGCUCGAAGCAUUUGCUAGUGCGAAUGGAAUGGAGAAGAAUGACAAAAAGGCCCGCAAGAGACUGUUCAAGGCCAUUGAAAAGGGCGACUUUAGCGGGAUCGGUUUGGAUGAAGAUUUGAUCAUCGAUGAGGAUGACGAGGUGUUUGGUCUGGGUGCUUCGAAACCUGUCAAGGGCGGACGAGCUGGCAAGAAGAAAUUCGGCUCGGAGGAUUUGUGGGCUGAAGAACUCCAAGGACAGUGGGAGAAGGAUCGAGCGAGCAAAGCUGCCAACAAGCGCAAACGUGCUGCGGAGAGGGCGGCAGCGGCCGAGAACCCGUACCACGCCAGCGUCAAAAAGGGAACGAAAAAGGGAGCAAAGAAGGCUGCUAGAGCUUUGCGUCGGGCUGAAAGGAAAGAUGAUCUGCUGAGGGAUCAAGGCUUGCUGCCCGAUGUUGAUCCCGCAUCGGCCUGGGGUGCACCCCUCUCGACGAUGGAGAAGCAUUCUACGAACCUGCACGAUUUGAAUGCGCAGAUUUUGCGCUUCUUGCAGGAUUGGCAACACUCGACGCUAUCGCUUCCGCCCAUGGACAAGCGAUCCAGGGCUCAAGUGCACAUGCUAGCUUCCGCCUACUCUUUGACGUCCAAAUCCAAAGGCAAUGGGAAUAGCAGGUUCCCCACGCUCAUCAAGAAUUCUAGAUCCGGUCAAGCGGUAGAUCAGAACAGGGUGAACAAGGUGUUGAGAGGAGCAGGAGGGGGAGCCAAAGGAGGAGCAUUUGGAGCGACUUUUGGAGCGAAGCAGAAGAGCAAAAAUAGAGCGAAUGGGCCUGCUGGGAGAGGUGCGGCCAGGGAUGCUGGUAGGGCUGCUAUCGUACCCAAAAAUCAAGAAGGUACGCAGGUCGGUUUUGGAGCGGAGAAGAUUGCGGAGAGCAAUAUCGGACAUCGACUCUUGUCGAUGAUGGGCUGGAAAGAAGGUUCUGGUGUUGGAGCUACGCCGGGGUCUGCUGCGGCUGUUGGCGCCACCAUCAAGAUCAGCAAGGGUGGACUCGGCUUCUGAGCAGGUGCGUUUCGAGCGCGCUGCCCGCGUUCAACAACCAGUCACAUCACACACGUCUGUCCGGAAUAGAGUCAAUAAGAUGAGCAUUUGACAGGCA